AUGGACGAAUACUACUCGUCCACACCCUCGAAUAAGCAUGAGGGCAAGACUCACAUAAUCAUCGUUGGGGCAGGUAUAAUAGGUGUUUGCAGUGCUUUCUAUUUAACGAGGCAUCCCAAAUUCGACAAAGAGAAAUACCAUAUCACAAUCCUGGAAUCCAAGCGUGUUGCCGGUGGAGCCUCUGGAAAGGCUGGUGGCUUGCUGGCUUUGUGGGCAUUUCCGCAACAGAUUGUGCCGCUGAGUUUCCAACUUCACCAGGAUCUUGCGGAAGAAUUCUCAGGUGCGGAAAACUGGGGUUUCAGACGGCUAACAACUGUUAGCGUUGAAGGAGACCUUACCAAAGAAAACGCUGCGCGCCCGGCAUCGAAGGCCAAACGAGUCACCAAGAACAGUAUAAAAAUACAUGACCAAGGUGUUGACGGAAACUCCAAUUUACCACCAGACCUCAAUUGGCUGGACCCUGAGGUGGUACAGAACUGGAAUCAUCUAGGUGGAGAGUCCACCACAGCUCAGGUUCAUCCUUACCAGUUCACAACACAUAUUUUAAAGCAAUGCCUGGCUACGGGUGCAGUUGAGCUUCUCAUCGGAAAAGUUGACGAUAUCACGGUGGAUGAAGAAGGUACUUGCACGGGGGUGCUUUACUCUCCCUCAUCCUUGAAGUCGACGGUUGAUGGAUCGGCAGAUACUCAAAUUCAGCUGGACGGCGAGAAGGUACUGAUGACAAUAGGACCUUGGACGUCAAAGAUCUUGCCGGAUUGCCCGAUCUCAGGAUUGCGUGCUCACUCGAUUACAAUAGAACCAGAAAACGUUUCUGAGAUAUCUCCCUACGCCAUCUUCACAGAACUAAAACUCUCAAACAAACAGUUCACAAGUCCCGAGAUCUAUGCGCGCAAGGACGAGGUGUACGUAUGUGGAGAGGGUGAUACUUCUGUUCCUAUUCCAUCCACAACUGAUGAUGUGGAGGUGGUGACCGAGAAGUGCGACGAACUAUUCAAGCUGGUCGGCAAGGUGAGUUCGCAUCUCGCUAAUGGAAAGAUACUCAAGCGCCAAGCAUGCUAUUUGCCCGUUCUGGAUGUGCCAUCAUCUUCUGGGCCCCUAAUUGGUGAAACCAACGUUGACAAUCUAUAUCUGGCCUCGGGGCAUUCUUGCUGGGGAAUCAACAACGCCCCAGUGACCGGCCUACUGAUGUCAGAGAUACUGCUUGAUGGAGAGGCCACUUCUUGCGACAUAAGUGCUCUUGACCCUGCCUCUUAUUUUGAUGCUUCGGUUCCAGUGGAUAUUUAA